AUGGAAGGCAAUAACAUCGCUGCGAACGUCGCGGCGGUGGUCGCCGCGUCAGAGCACGCUCUGGUGGCGGCCUCCAAUGCUCCGACCCCCGCGACCGCUCCUCCAGGGUAUCGCCCACUCACAACGGUCGAACUCUUUGUUGUAAUGAACCGCAUGGCCAAAGCCGCCACCGCCUCUGAACGCGAGGCCGCGGAAAAGGCUUACAUAAGGUUCUUACAGUACGACCUCCCCGCCGCACUGCCAGGCGCAGCCAGUGAAGAGGCCAAGGUACCGCCGGGAGCCCCGCCAGGCGUGUCCACGCAAGAGGACACUGCACUGCCGGAGGCGGCCCCGAAGGGAGCAGAGCCACCAGGCGUGGCGUCUCAUGCACCCACUGCCCUGCUGGCUCCCCCCACGGUACAGGCCAGUCAAGAGGCUGCUGACCUGCCAGCAGCAUCUCACGAGGACGUUAUUCCAGAAGCCAACCUGGAAAAAUUAAUCCACGAUGGCGAGGCUAUGGAAGUCUCACUCCCAUCGCGUAAAAGGCCGGCGGAUGACGAUGAGUCGUCCGAAAGCACCCCUUCUUCUGCCCACAGAAUGCCGCAGCAGAAGAAGAAGCAAACCGCGCCUGAAGGCGCCACAGAAGACAUUGAAGCCGCAGAGGAGGAAGAAGAUGAGUUUGUCGUCCCCAAGCGGAAGCACACGGCUCGGGCAAGGAAGCUCGAGCAGGUGCAGCCGCUCCCGACGGCAAACUCGUUCGAGUCCGCCCCAAUCGACACCGAGGCUAUGGAGGAAGCGCCAAGGCCGCCCAAAAGGGUGGCCCCACCACCAAUCAAUGUCCUUUGGAAGGACACCUUUCGAGCCUUCCUAGAAAAAUUCUCUGAGGGUGUGUCCGCACCACCCAAAAUAAAGUCCCUUGGGCGCGAGAUGUUGCGCAUCACACCUGCAAACAUGGACGACUACCGCGCAACCAUGAAGACUGCAAAAAGAGCAAAGAUGAACCGCCGAAAUGCUGCAACUGCAGUGAACAACACGUGGCUAGCUACAGGGGCUGCAACCUAUUUAAAAAGACCAGGCGCCGCGGACGCGGACGUGGAACGUCACGCCCAGUCCAGCAAGGCACCAGCUAUGCCGCAGCCGCAAAAGGCGCGGCCCCAGCCCACCAGGAGCGACAGCAAGCACCCCCAGACGCCACGAACAAGCCGGCUGCCACAAACCAGUCACCAGCAGCCCAGCCAGGCCCCACCCCACCCGCAACAAGCACCAAAGACUGCAGAGCGAAUGGAAGUGCGCAUGCACAAGCUUGCGCAUGGGGGUGACUACCCCGGUCGUGAGGACGACGAAGCUGCCAUGCUUGCGUACUGCAGGAUAUGGAAGGCUUCUGCACUGCCGGGCACGGGGCGACAGGCGACAGGUGAGCCGGUGGGGGCCUCGCCAGGCGCACUGGCUGCGUCCCUGGCGACGGCGGUCUCACAGGGUGCGCCACAGGGGCCGACCGUACAAGAGGUCGGUUCGCAUGUGGCUGCUCCUACGGCCCUGAAACAUCAAGAACCCGUAGCCACGCCAGUUUCUGCCCCGCCUUGCGCGAAGGGCUCUACCGCGGUCCUGGCGGUUGCAAAACCAGCCCAAGAGGCCGCAAUGAUUACCGACGACGACUUGCCAGACGCUAAUCUUGCGGAGGCCAUUGCUGACGCUGACAGACGUGACGCUGACGAUGCUCGUGCGCUCCGGAAGCGCCGGGCUGACGCGACGGACGACUCUGACGGCCGCUCCCAAGCCUCCGACACUGCUCGGCCGCGGAAGAAGGCCACUAAGGCCUCCCGCGCCGCCGCUGCCACUGCGGCCCAGGCGGUCGAGACGACGGUGUGCGCGAGGGAACAGAGGUCCUCCUCUGGGCCUGCUGCUGCGCGCCACCUUGAUGAGGACGGUUUUGUUACCCCUGCUAGGCGGCACACGGCAAGGGCGGCUGUCCUACAGCCUGCGCUGCCGCUGCCGACCGCCAACGCCUUCCAGGACGUUUCUGAUGAUAUCUCGGACGACGCCGGGGUGCCGCGCCGGCCUGCUGCGCCGCGCCCCCCGCCGAUUGUCGUCCAAUGGGACGGCCCUUAUCGGCUGUUCGAGCAGAAGAUCGCCAGGGUGGCGCCAUCUGCCAGCGUCAGGACCGCUGCCUUCCAACGUGGCCGCCAGCAGCAUCGCGGCCGGGCUACCCCUUCCCGCAAGGUGCAGCCUGGCACCAGCUUCGCUGAUGCCGCCAAGGGGGGGGCGCCCGCCCCCUUUACUCAGCGGCCUGCUGCCUCUGGUGGCGCUGCGCUGCAGCAGCCUGCCCCGUCCGAUGUGGCUGCUCCUCCUGCACCCGCACCUUCCGCACCGGCUGCUUCCCCCCGCCGGCGCCGCCGACGGCCGCGGCGCACCGCCCCUGUGGCGGAACGUCCGGCCACUGCUGCCCCGCGACAACGGUCCGCCCCUCGGGCUGUGCCGCUGCAAACAUCGCCUCCUGCGGUCCCACCGCAGCCUGCUGUUCCUGCCUUGGAGGCCGCCCCAGAGGCCCCCACGGCUCCUGAUGCAGCUGAGCUCCGCACGCUUUUGCGUUCGUUGAGCCAGCUGCUCGAGCAGCUGCCGGUGCUAGUCACCGCCGUCACGUCCGCCCUCCAGGCCGGCGUUGUUCCUGCGGACCGCCAUGGAAAAUGA